AUGGGUCCUAAGGGUGAACUAAUAGAGCGUUACGUUUCAAACAAACUUGGGGAUGAUUGUAGUGGUGAUGGAAGUGAGGAGCAUCCCUACAAAACUCUUCGCAGAUUGUUUGAGGUCAUGACCCUUGAAAAGGUUCCACAAUUGAAGAUUUAUGUGGAUGCGACUGAAAAACCGGAGGAAAAGUGGGCUGAGAUAUCAAAAACUCAGCUGAAGAAGAAAAUGAAAAACUAUAAAAUUCAGUCGCAGAAAUCAGCCGCAUCUGGCGAAACUGCUACUGGCACUCCUGCUGAGUCGACUGUUACUUCUGCCCCUUCUGCAGUUGAAAUUAAAGAGGAUUUGAGUUUGCCUGCAGCUAUCAAAUCUAAAAUUUGCAAUCUUCAA